GGUAUAAUAUUGUGUUAUCAAAGGCCAAAUCAUAAUUCUAAUACAAAUAAUCAUGGUAAUGAUAAACCAACACAUGUACCACAUUCACCAUUUGGUCAUAAAUGGACUGAACCAUAUUUUGAUGUUCAAAUGCCUAGAAAUGUAACAUCAUUAGUUGGUAAAUCAGCUUAUUUAGGAUGUCGUGUUCGGAAUUUAGGUAACAAAACGGUUGCAUGGAUUCGGCAUAGAGAUUUACAUAUAUUAACAGUUGGAACAUAUACGUAUACAACUGAUCAAAGAUUUCAAACAUCAUUUCAUCGUGAUAUCGAUGAAUGGACAUUACAAAUAAAAUGGGCGCAAAAACGUGAUGCUGGUGCCUAUGAAUGCCAAAUAUCAACUCAGCCAGUUCGUGCUUUUUCAGUUAAUUUGAAUAUUGUAGUGCCAACGGCUACAAUUCUUGGUGGACCGGAUCUAUAUGUGGAUAAAGGAAGUACCAUUAAUCUGACAUGUGCUAUAAAAUUUAGUCCAGAACCACCAACUCAUAUCUUUUGGUAUCAUCAGGACAAGGUACUAAGUGAAGAUUCUGAACGUGGUGGAAUAAGUUUUGUAACAAGUAAAGAAGAUUUUUCUAAAUCAAUUUUAUUGAUUGACAAUGCUGAUCUCCCAGAUUCUGGAAAAUAUUCAUGUUAUCCAUCAAAUACAGAAAUUGCCAGUAUAAGAGUUCAUGUGCUAAAUGGUGAACGACCUGAAGCGAUGCAAACAAGUGGUGCAUCACGUAUAACAACAUUCAUUGGUUAUAAUCCAUCAUUUAUAAAAUUGACAACACCUAUAUCAACAACAACCAUCUCAACAAUAUUAUCGACAAUGACAUAUUCAUCAACAACAUUAAUACAAAUUUUCAUUGCAGUCAUUUUAUUAAAAAUCCUUGGAAAUUGUUUACAAUUUAUAAAUAAUUUCGACAUAAUUAAUGUUUUAUAUACGUGCAAAGAAUCCAAAAUAGAUAACAAUAAUGAUAAUAUCAAUAAUAAUAAUAAUCAUUAUAUAAUAAACGAAAAUAAUAAUAAUGUAAAUGAAAAUAAAUUGGGAUAUGAACAUCAUAAAAUCGUUGAUAUUAAUAAAAAUUUUAAAACUAAAAUAAAAAAUACAUCUUAUCGUAAAAAUCAUUAUUAUCUUCAACAACAAUAUAAAUGUCCAGGAUUAAAGAAAGAACAACAACAACCUUUCCAAAACAACAGCUAUUGUCGAUGUUCGAAUAAUAAUUAUUAUCACCAUUUUAAUUGUCAACAUAAUUAUUAUAAUAAUCAAUAUCAUUCAUUUAAUAGUCAUAUAAGAGAAAAAAUACUUGCAUUGCAAUUGUAUAAUGAAAAUAAUUAUAAUAUCUGUUAUUAUUGUUCAUCUAAUUACUAUUAUUACAAUUAUAAUUACAUUUCUAAUAGUAAAAAUUCUAAUGAAUCUAAUAUCAUGACUAUUCAUUAUAAUUGUCAAAGAAAACAAGAAAAAAAUCGAAUAAAAAAUAAUAAUAAAUUAUUUAAUUAUAAAAAUGGUGAGAAUUUGAAUGAUUUUAAAAAUAUUUCAAAAACUUCAACUACAAUUACUAUUACUACGGCUAAUACUAUUGCUACAACUACGAGUACCAUCACCACAACUAACUUCAACCAAUUAAAAAUGAUGAAUUAUCUCUUAAAAUCAUCAUCAUUAUUAACAUUACCAGUGGUAUUAUCAUUAUCAUCAUCAUCUUCAUUAUUAGCAACAAUAUCAUCUUAUCGUCAUAUAUUAAAUAUUAAAAACUAUGAUAAUAAUAGUGCUGUCGAUGAUAAUGACGAUGAUGAUGAUGAUGAUGUUAAUACUGAUGAUGAAGAAGGUGAUGUGAAGAAUGGCGAUGUAGAAAAUUGCCAUUAUUGCUGCUGUUGCAUUUGUUUUUACUAUUUUCACUGUUCACUAAAAAAUGAAAAUAAAAAUUCAGGUGAAUAUAGAAAGCAAAUGUCACAGCAAUAUUUAGAGCGGUGAUAAAUUUUCUGCAUUCUGAAUUUUAUUUUUUUUUUUUUUAGAUUUUAUUGCUUUAAAAAAAUUAUUUUUUUUUUCGUUAUUUUUAUUUAUUUGAAUAUUAUAUAAGAUUUUAGGAAUAGGGAGUUUUAAAAAGCGUAG